GAGAUCUAACCUCACUUUUUUGUAAAUAAACAAGAAUUUGGAAAAACUUUAUGGAUUUAAAUGGAAAACUGCAGCAUUUCAAAUUAUUUUAAAAGUAAACAAGAUUGCGAAAAUGUGACCCGCGACGAGGACUUAAAUAGUAGCAGCGACUCCCCGUAUAAAAACAUUUUAACAAACAUUCAAGUGGAUUUGAACAGUAGCAAUGAGGGGACAGAUUUUAAAACCCCCAAGCACUUUAACAACCCGAAAAAAAUACAACCUAAAGCCAAACCUUCGGUUACAACGAAGAAGUCGACGAAAAAGAAGCUUCACUUGCGUAGGCAACCGAGAAUUAGCUCGUUUACUAACUGUGUUGAAACUGACACGAAUCGGGAACAUAUGGAUAUGGCUAUUGCGAUGUCGAGAUCUUUGCAAAAUCAAUGUGCCGACGGCAAAUUCAUGUUGGGUUUGGAACAGUUUGCGUUUAAACCGGGUGGAAGCAAGCUUUCAGUUGGAAAUCGGCGACCUGUCUCAGAGAGAAGGAAGGACAAGCCAAAGAAGUAUAUAACGCCUGUAUUAAUGUUGCGCACUCGAGAAGAACGCGAAGAAAUCAUUAACACUAAGAUUUCCGAUUUAUUAUUGUGCGAUAAGCCGAGUGUACAGACUUUUUAUGAAAGUGUAACUCUUGUCAGCAGUAUGUUACAACGGUACUUUAAGCCUGACCGAUCGCUUUUUAAAAUGAGUGAUCUCUUGUGUUGUGAUUUUUACGUAGAGCAUUUAAAUCUGGAUCCGAGUCGAAUUAAAUGUGGCUCACUGUUGAAAGAUUGGCACAAAAUUCCAGGACGGUCUGUGUCACCUGUUAAUCGUCCUUUAGCUGAUUCGCCUAAUAAAACCGAGACUUGUAUUAAAGAUUUCAAUAAAAAAGUUUGUACUUCGCCGGAACUGUUCGAUUCUGAUGAUGACAACCUUUAUUACAUGCCUGCACGAAAGUCACCUGCCAAUGGGGAAGAAAGCUCAGAAUCGUUACUCACUCCAAGGAAAUCAAACCUUCAACAAAAUUCUAUGAUCAGUAAUAGCAAAGAAGCGCCAGAGAGUAAACUUGAACACAAAGAGGAAGAUUGUUUUGACCUAACACAAUCGUCGAGUAGUGAAAGUAACACGAGUAACAAGGGUCAGUUACAAACUGGAAUUUCUGAUGUAUUUCAAAAUGUCUUGAAUGUGGAUGAAAGUGACUUAUUGGACGGCGUGCAUAAUUUGGGCGAGACUUAUAGGAAUCGAAGUGUGCAAUGGCCUAGGGAUACCCUCGAUGAGCUUUUCGAUAAUGAAAUUAAUCUAUCUGCCUUCACCAGGAACCAGAACAGUCCUGUUUUCACCAAUUCUUUUAAGUCGGAGGAAAGUAUUGUCAUUAGUGACGACGAAAUUAAUUAUUCGUGCAAUCACGGAGUGGGCGGUGUCUUAGAAGGGUCUCUAUCAUUUACGGAAAGCAAUUCGGAUCUCGGUCCCUUGGAAGAAAACGAUGGGUUGAAUGAUACCAUUUUGUACACGGUGCCAACUGCAAACGAAUGCAACACACCGAAGUCGGAAAUGAUAAUUAAGACAACCAAUGUUACUCCUGGCGUCAAUUAUAACGAAAUGGAUACGCCAAAAAUUACCAGGGAACUAGAAAAAUUCGGUAUAAAACCGUUAAAGCGGAAGCACGGUAUAAAAUUGUUAGACUACAUUUACAACUCGACUCAUCCGGUACUUAGCCAUACUGAUGUAGUUACUGCCAGGGAAGGUUUGGCAGAGAAUGUCACAAAGAAAAGGAAAACAGUUACAUGUAAAAGGGCUCUUAUUGCCGAAAAACUUAGCAUAAAUGAAGAUUUUGGAGAAGGUGAAGAACUAAUCUUUGAAAAAACCCACUCGAAAAGGAUAGCGUCAUGUCAGAUACCUCUGCACAUCGUAUGGCACAAUUUAGUGGCGUCAGAUCCAAAUCUUCAGAAAAGUAUUCUACUCUACGAACCGCUCAAUUUACAGCUUUUGUAUAAAACUCUAAAAAUGCACGGGUAUAAGUUUCACAUUCAGGAUUUGUUAACUUUUUUAGAUAAAAAAUGCAUCACCAUUCGAACAGAACAACACUCGAGAAAUCGACAAAAACACUCAAAGGGAAAAACGAUCUAGUCAAUUUGCUAUCAUUAGAAAAUAUUUUUAUUGUAUAUAAGUAUAUUUAGUUAUGUUUUUAAAGUAACUGUUUAUAUAAUUUUAAUAAUAAUUAAUCAUUUUACUACUCAUUAUAAUUUUUUUAAAUAAACAUUUCAACCAAUGUAACAGGUCGCUUUAGGUAUUUAAGAUUGUUUGUUAAAUUCACAAAAUUGCUGAUAUAGGAAAUUUUAUACGUGUACCACUUCAUAGUGAAAGAGAA